AUGGCAUCAAAGUCCACUGCUUCCAUGGGUCUUACCCUGGGCGCAAUUGGCGCGGCCUCUCUUUGGGCCCCCGCCGCGGUUCAGGCCUUCGUGGCGCCGUCGGCAUCUCCUUCGGCACCUCAGCUGCGCGGCGCGACGGAGGCCAGCGAGAAGAGUGCCAGCCCAGCCAGCCAGGCUGCUGCCGCGGCUGUGGGCACUGCUGCCCUGGCUCUGGCUGCCACUGGACGCCGUCACCAGCGCGGAAAUCUAGCACGACGGGCUGAAGCCACUGGCGUCACCGACGAGAAGCCCUUCGCCGGUGGUCUCAUCGGCGGUGAGUCUGCCUUUGCGGGCCAGGCCUUCAACUUCGACCCCCUCGGCCUGUCUGUCAAGUGCGAGAAGUAUUUGCCUUGGUUCCGGGAGGCUGAGCUCAAGCACGGCAGGAUCGCCAUGCUUGCCUUCGUGGGUUUGGUUGUGCCCGAAAUUGCGCGCAUCCCUGGCACUCACCCGUGCUAUGCGGCCAAGACUGUUGUGGAGGCUCACAACGCCUGUGCAGGCAAUCCUCCGCUUCCUUUCAUCAUCAAUGCCGAGAAUUUCUUCGGCACGGAGGACCAAACAGGACCCCUAUUCCAGGUGUACGCUUUCUGCGGCGUCAUCGAGAUGUUGACCACCUUCGCCAAGUCGUGCAAUGUCUCGAACAAGCCUGGCCUCACUCUGGAGAAUGCCGGCGACUACCAGCUUGGCACGAAUUUCCUUCCUAGCGACCCUGCCAAGGUCAAAGAGAUGAAGCUAAAGGAGUUGAAGAACGGACGCCUUGCAAUGCUGGCUUUCGGUGGAGCCAUCACGCAGGCCACCCUGACGGGCAAUGGCUUCCCUUGGCUCUAUGCCCAGAAGGAGUCCACCUGCGCACUUAGCUCCUCUGUCUCCCCCGCCACGGGCUCUCUUGCUGCAGGCAGGAGCACGAGCCAGCGCGGCGCGGUGGCCAGACAAGCCGGCUACAAAAUGAGUGCAGCUGUUCCCUUCCUUCCCAUGUCACCAGCGUUGGAGGGCAUCCCGGGUGAGGAGGAGGGCUUUGACCCGAUGGGCUUCUCCCUGGCUUUCGAGAUUGGUUGGCUGCGUGAGGCCGAGCUGAAGCACGGCCGUGUGGCAAUGCUUGCAACUGUUGGAUGGAUCACCACGGACCUGGGACUUCGAGUUCCCGGUGAUGCUUUCCAGGUAUCUACCAUUGAAGCUCAUGAUGCCAUGGUGAAGUUCGGAGGUAUGCCUCAGAUCCUCAUUUGGUGCGGAUUGUUGGAGGUCCUUGGACUUUUCGCUUAUGUGAACAUGCGGGAGGGAAAGACGGAUCGCAAACCCGGAGACUUCGGUCUGCGUGGCUUCUACCCCCAGGAUCCGAAAGGCCAGUAUGAGAUGCAGGUCAAGGAGCUCCGCAACGGUCGCUUGGCGAUGCUCGCGUACUCUGGCAUCGUCACAUCUGCCGUGCUCACACAGGAGAAGUGGCCUUUCUUCGAUGUGGUUCUCAACGCAGUGAGCAACGAGGCCAGGAGCGGCUUCUGCGGAGCCGCUCCUGAGCGGGUCAGCCGCUCAAGCGUCCGUCUGGCGGCCUCUUCCAGCAAGAGCCUGCCUUUCUUGCCGAAGCCUGCAAACCUUGGUGGACUGAUUGGAGGUGAGGCCGAGUUCGAUCCUCUUGGCUUUUCCGACCUCAUUGACAUCAAGUGGCUUCGGGAAGCCGAGUUGAAACAUGGCCGUGUCUGCAUGCUUGCAACAAUUGGCUUUGUUGCAGAGCAGUACUGGCAAUUGCCAGGUUUCGAAGGUGCCCCGGAUGCUCUGCAGGCUGUCUACACCGCUCCCCUGAAUGCCUCUGGGGUGCUGCUCUUCCUUGCUGGCUACAUUGAGAGCGCUUCCUAUGGUGGCAAGAUCACAAUGCUGGACAUGUUCGAGGGAGACGGGGCCAAGCGCGCGCCUGGUGACCUGGACUUCGGCAAGCGAUUCCUCCCCGCGGACAAGGCAGCUGCUGACGAUCUCGCGUUGAAGGAGCUUACCAAUGGACGCCUGGCCAUGUUGGCCAUCUCAGGAAUGAUCCACCACAACCUCAUUGUCAAGGGCCCCCUCUUUCCUCUCUUCCCCGAGGGCUACGUGGGACCGCAGGGCUCUUGGGACCUGGAUAGCGAGCUGAAGCUAGAAGGUGACCGGCUUAACUUCGAGCUGGUCUCCGGCAAAGGUCCGGAAUCUGGCUGGGUUAGCUUGAAGCUCAAGGACAAGGACUUACUCGUCGAGGUAGAUGCCGAAGGCAACACAAUUGCCAAGGACACCUUGAAGAAAAAAUCCUGGGACACAAAGUUUUUGUUCAAGGGAUGCGGUGCGAAUAUCCGGGCUCUCGACGGCGGCACAGAAGGGGCCAGCCGUGAUCAGCUCUUCGAGUUUCUGAUGCGACAACAUGUCAGCCCAGAGCUUCGGAGAGAUUUUUGGGAUGAGAUACCCGACCAUCUCUACGACACUGCAAAGACCAGCGAGAUGGACUGCAUCACCUUUUUCCAAACCGUGGGCCAUCUCUGCUGCGAGCCUUCAGGGAAACGACUGCCCUCUCCUGGGGGUGUACGGCAGCGGCUGGAGACGUUCGGCGACCUCCGAUGUAUUGUUGUGGAACCCGACGCUGCUUCAGAGCCUGCCAAAGUGGUAGUCGUCCUGGCACAUGGUAUCGAGGUCCUGGGCGACGACCUGUACGGUUUGGCUCACCGGCUGUGCAGGGAAGGUCUGAGAGUCGUUCUGCCAGAAGCACCCAACCAGAGUGCCCAACCUCGGGAGGAGGACAUAGUUGAGAAUGUUGGCCAGCCGAUCGACGAGUCCCAAGACACCGAGCGAGAAGAAUGGCGCAAGCCACUGCGCGAGUGGUGGAGCCGGAGCAUCAACGAGAAGGACAUAGAGAAAACGCUGCCUCGAGCUAAGAAUCAUGCUCGACUUGAUCAUCCCUGGUUGGGAGAUUUGGAAAGCUGUCUGAUUCGGCGUUGUCGUAAACGCAUGCACAUCUUGUCCGAGGUCGAAGAGGGAUAG